AUGGAGUUCAGCUACCUCCAAGAAGAUUCAAAGAGUUCGAGCGACGAAAACAUCGACCGAUCGUCCGAUCAAAACCACGACGACGACCACGAUCAUGACAUGGGAAUUGGUAGAUCCUAUGAGUGUGUAUUUUGCAAAAGAGGCUUCACAACCGCUCAGGCUUUAGGUGGACACAUGAACAUACAUAGAAAAGAUAGAGCAAACAAUAACAAAAGUGUGACUAAAACAAAUUUCAUUCCACCUAGUUCAAGCAAUCAUCAUCAUGAUAACUAUGGAGAUCUUGGAUUUUAUUCAACAAUUAAUCCAACUCAUGGUUAUUAUUCUUCUUCAAUUUCAUCCAAAACUACUCCUGAGGUAGAUUCUCUUAACUAUCAUCAACUAUAUUUUCCUUCACAUCAUGUGCAAUAUAGUGAGAUGCUUUGUGUUGAAAAUCAAAGAAUGUUUGGACAAGAUUGGAGGGGUUUGAGCUUGUAUACAAAUCCACUGAUUAAAGACAAGAUAGAAAACAACAAUGAAGUGGAUGAAUUGGAUUUGGAGCUUAGACUUGGUCAUUAUCCAUAG